GUACAGGGGGCGAUAAAAAAAGAGGAGUCUGCCAGUUUAGCAUGCGCCAUCCCAGUGUGAGAGCACGGCAUGAAACUGCUGCUGCUGCUGCUGGUGGCGGCACACGCCUUGGCACAGGCCCCCCGACAGGCCCCGCAUGCCACCGACCCACCCGCUGAGAAAGGGGACCAGAAUGCCGUGACUCCGUGGAGCCGAUCCAGAGUGUGGAUUGUGGAGGCCGGCACACCGAAGGACUGGCUGCCCGCCGACGAGGGCUUCCUGGAAAUGCCAAAGAAACCCGCAGCGAAGCCGGCAGCUCCAAAAAUGGCGACCGUUGUAAAGCCGAAGGCGGUGGUCCCGAAAACGACGAGGAAACCGGGAGCGACGACUGUCAGGACCGCGGCGAAAACGACCACCAGGAGGCCCUCGACGACACGAAAAGUCGCCGCCACAACAGCCGGGCCCCGAAAAGCAAGAAGUGUAGAGUCGGUAGGAAGUCCACUGCCGUUCGGCCGGCGCCUGCUGUCCCUCACGCAAUCGCCCCAGGAUGACAAGAGGGAUACUUUCUCGGCAAGUCUCUAUAGCCUGGGAGGCAUAUUUUCGAGGAAAGAGAACGAGGAUCAUCUAAUGAGGUUCAAAAGGCAGCUUUUGGAAAGCCGACAGAACAAACAGCACGACAUCACACACAAGAACGGCCACGACAAAAGGCACAACGAUCAGCACAACACCCACAGUGACCAUCAAAAUAAUCAGAACCGUAAUAAUAAUGGCAACCGUGAACACAACAAUCAUAACAACAAUCACAAUAAUAACAGACACAAUGAACAUGAUAAGCGUAACGACAAUCAUAAUGACCACAAUAAUCAGCACAACCACCACCAACACCAGCCCAACGAUCACAAUCACAACCACCAACACGACAAUAACCAUAACAAAAGCCCGGAUUACCAUAACAACAACGACAAGCGAGACAAUCAAGAAGACCACCGAAGAGACUACUCAUAUGACGACUACCGUGAUAUCACCGGCGACUACGGAGCGGAGGGCAGCGGUGAAGGCAGCGGCGGCGCCAACCCGGACGAAUAAGGUACAUAAUUAGGAGGUCACCAUCAUGAAGGUUCGGCAGCAUCACGGAGGCGUUAGUGUUUGACUACAAACAAAACUAACAAUAGUGAUGCUAAUAGGCCAUGCGGCACAAAGUGUGAUAGCGCGCUAGUAAAAGCGCAGUGAUAACUUAGAUGCAAGGCGGCAGAUUAAAUAAUUUUAUUUUCUACUGUAUCAACAAAGUUGUUUUACGAUUGCCCAGAAUUUACACAAUAAAUAAAAUAGUUACCAGUGCA